AUGUAUGAGGACUGUGUCAAGUCCACUGAGGACUAUUAUUUCGUCUGUGACAACGAGGGAGCAUGGGGCAUUGUUCUCAAGUCCCUGGCAAUAAUCGGCAUAGUAGUUACAAUUAUACUACUCUUGGCGUUUCUCUUCCUCAUGCGAAGGGUUCAAGACAGCAGCCUGUGGAAUACUCUCCCCACUCAGUUCCUCUUCCUCCUGGGUGUGCUGGGACUCUUUAGCCUCGCAUUUGCCUUCAUUGCUCAGUUCAAUCAGCAAACUGCCCCCGUACGCUACUUUCUCUUUGGGGUUCUCUUUGCUCUCUGUUUUUCAUGCCUCUUGGCUCAUGCCUCCAACCUGGUGAAGCUGGUUCGGGGUAGAGUCUCCUUCUGUUGGACGACAAUUCUGUGCAUCGCUAUUGGUGUCAGCUUGUUGCAGGUAAUCAUUGCCAUUGAGUACGUGACUCUCAUGAUGACCAGGGGUAUGAUGUUUAUGCAUAUGACACCCUGUCAGCUCAACAUGGACUUUGUUGUACUCCUGGUCUAUGUCCUUUUCCUGAUGGCCCUCACAUUCUUUGUCUCCAAAGCCACUUUCUGUGGCCCAUGUGAGAACUGGAAGCAACAUGGAAGGCUCAUCUUCGUCACUGUGCUCAUCUCCAUCAUUAUCUGGGUGGUGUGGAUCUCCAUGCUCCUGAGAGGCAACGCACAGCUCCAGCGGCAGCCCCAGUGGGAUGACCCUGUCAUCUGUAUUGCCCUGGUCACCAAUGCAUGGGUUUUCCUGCUGCUGUACAUCGUACCCGAGCUCUGCAUUCUCUACAGAUCGAGCAAGCAGAACUGCCCUUUACCAGGCAACACCUGCCCAGCCCCAGCCUAUCAGUGCAGCUUCAGAGUGGAGAACCAGGAACUCUCACGAGCCCGAGACAGUGAUGGAGCUGAGGAGGAUGUAGCAUUAACUUCAUAUGGUAUCCCCAUUCAGCUGCAGACUGUUGAUCCCACACAAGAGUGUUUCAACCCACCGGCUAAACCAAGCCCCCAGCAAGAUGCAGAAAUGUAA